GCCGCGGUGCCGCGGGAGCCGCCAUUGUCGCCGCCGCCGCGCUCACAACAGCGCUCCCGUCUUAAAGGGGCUGCGCCACCGAAUCGCCCAGCCAGACCGGGUGGGGCCCACCUUUCCGGCACCGUCACCAUGAGGGAGAUCGUCCACAUCCAGGCGGGCCAAUGCGGCAACCAGAUCGGGGCCAAGUUCUGGGAGGUGAUCAGCGAUGAACAUGGCAUCGACCCCACCGGCACUUACCACGGCGACAGCGACCUCCAGCUCGACCGCAUCAGCGUCUACUACAACGAGGCCACCGGGGGUAAGUAUGUGCCAAGAGCCAUCUUGGUGGACCUGGAGCCAGGAACCAUGGACUCAGUGCGCUCAGGACCUUUCGGGCAGAUCUUCCGGCCAGACAACUUCGUUUUUGGCCAGAGCGGCGCUGGCAACAACUGGGCCAAGGGUCACUACACAGAAGGGGCCGAACUGGUGGACUCAGUCCUGGACGUGGUGAGGAAGGAAGCGGAGAGUUGCGACUGCCUCCAGGGCUUCCAGCUGACCCACUCGCUGGGUGGUGGCACCGGCUCUGGCAUGGGCACCCUCCUCAUCUCCAAGAUCCGCGAGGAAUAUCCCGACCGCAUCAUGAACACCUUCAGCGUCGUCCCGUCCCCCAAGGUCUCGGAUACGGUGGUGGAACCCUACAACGCCACCUUGUCUGUCCACCAGCUGGUGGAGAACACGGACGAGACCUACUGCAUCGACAACGAAGCCCUCUAUGACAUCUGCUUCCGCACCCUCAAGCUGACCACCCCCACCUACGGGGACCUCAACCACCUCGUCUCGGCCACCAUGAGCGGCGUCACCACCUGCCUCCGUUUCCCCGGCCAGCUCAACGCCGAUCUUCGCAAGUUGGCCGUCAACAUGGUGCCCUUCCCGCGUCUCCAUUUCUUCAUGCCCGGUUUCGCUCCCUUGACGUCACGCGGCAGCCAGCAGUACCGCGCCCUCACCGUCCCCGAGCUCACCCAGCAGGUCUUCGAUGCCAAAAACAUGAUGGCCGCCUGCGACCCGCGUCACGGCCGUUACCUCACGGUGGCCGCCGUCUUCCGAGGCCGCAUGUCCAUGAAGGAGGUGGACGAGCAGAUGCUCAACGUGCAGAACAAGAACAGCUCGUACUUCGUCGAGUGGAUCCCCAACAACGUCAAGACGGCCGUUUGCGACAUCCCGCCGCGCGGCCUCAAGAUGGCCGUCACCUUCAUCGGCAACAGCACGGCCAUCCAAGAGCUCUUCAAGCGCAUCUCGGAGCAGUUCACGGCCAUGUUCCGCCGCAAAGCCUUCCUCCACUGGUACACGGGCGAGGGGAUGGACGAGAUGGAGUUCACCGAAGCCGAGAGCAACAUGAACGACCUCGUCUCGGAGUACCAGCAGUACCAAGAUGCCACCGCCGAGGAGGAGGAGGACUUCGGCGAAGAGGCCGAAGAGGAGGCUUGAGGGAGAGUCAUCCUUGGAGAGCCCUCAUCAUCCUCGGAGAGCCCUCGUCCUUCAGUGUUGUCCUUGGAGAGCCCUCAUCCUUCGCCGUCAUCAUCUUCGGAGAGCCCUCAUCCUUCACCGUUGUC